AUUUUCCAUUAUCUAGAGGACUUUCUAUGUUAGCCACGCGACGUUGUUACGGCCUGAAGUUGGCCAACGUUGCGUCUGGGUUAGGUCUGCGUAACAUCGUCGCGUCGCGUAACCAGUCUGCAUGAUCUUGGUCUGCACGGUACCAUAAUCGGCGCGUAUCGUUGGUCGUCUGUCUUUUGCUUUUCUACAGUUCAAAGGAAUUCGUAACAUCGUAAUUGGGGCUACUUUACAUUAUGGAGUGGUCCGACGACGCUACGUUACAAUUUAUCGAAAUAUAUCGCGCCAACGAAAUUUUAUGGAACACCAAGCAUCCCAGCUAUUACAAUAAAAUGAAAAAGAACGAUGUCUGGGACGAAAUUGCUAUGGAGUUCCAUACAACAGCGGAAGAAUGCAAGAAAAAAAUGAAUGCUCUGCGAUCAGCCCUUAGAAGAGAGAGAGCGAAAAUAAAAAAAUGUCAGGGUACGCGGAAAGGCAGGGAUGAUGUAUACGAGAGUGGUUGGUAUGCUUUCAAGAGCCUACUUUUUCUCUGGGACAAGAAUAAAGUUCGAUCGUCGCAAAGUACUAUUCGCGAAGAGAAAAUAGACAUCCUAGAUAACGAUACGUCAACAGAGACACAAGCGAUCUCAAAGGAUAUUCUAUCUUCUCAAACUCAAUCGUCUACUACGUUUAACAUUAAAAGUAAAUACGACGAAAGAUUGGAUGAAGUUUUUCAAAUAUUAUCGAAAGCAUCGAGAGUGGCUGAAGCGCAUCACGAAGAAGAUGAAAAUCAAGUUUUUGGACAGUUGGUAGCCAAAAAGUUGCAGAAAUAUUCUCCCGAUGUCCAAACUGCGAUUCAACGGGAAAUAAUGAAUAUUUUAUUUAGAGCGGAUAUGGGCCUUUACAACGAAACUCCAUCGUAACUACAUAUUUCGAGUUUCAUUGUAGCAGUAUUUUAAUAAUCCUAAACAUUCAGUUCCCUCUCAUGUUUAUAUCACUCGCCAAGCUCAAAUUUAUCAAGCCCAUUUCACUUAUAAUCAGUCAGAUCCACUUCAGAAUUCGUCAGUGCCAUGUCCAGUAAAUUCUUAUCAAUUUAGUAUCAUUCUUCAAUUUAUGCAAGAACUACCAUCAUUCCACGUCAUUCUUCUUUACCUGGUUCACUUCUUUCUUUAGCCAUGUAGCAAGCAGAUUAGUCAGAUCUUGUAUCAUAUAACUUUGAAAAUGUUGCCUUGAAAAUAUACGUAUUUUUUACUUA